UUGAAAUCGAGCAUGCGUAAUUAACCUUUCUGAAUAGAAACGGCGGGGAGUACAGCAAAAUUCUUCGUUUAAGAAACAUAUGCUUUCGUUCUCUGUGGCUUUUUAGUUCCGGAAAGGAGCAUGCGCAUAGUGAGAGGGUUGAUCCUCUGAAGUUUGAACUCGAAGGAAACCGCGGCGGAGUGGAGGGCUGUCAGUGAGUGGCGGUAGCCCGGAGCUCCGCCGGUGGGAAAACAGAGAGUCUUGGCUUUGCCACUUACUAGUUUGGUGGCCUUGAGAAAGUCACACAACAUUUCAGAGCACCAGUUUUUCCUUAUCGGUUGCUCACUUUUUUUGAAGAAACAGGACUAGUUCAUGGCUCAGCAUGUCAAUAGUAACAGUGCAGCUUGGUCAGUGUGGCAACCAGAUUGGUUUUGAAGUGUUUAAUACUUUAUUUAGUGACUCACAUGAUUUCCAAGGACUCUGCUCUAAAAAAGAAAAUGAGGCAUAUCAAGCAUCUUGCCAAGAAAGAUUCUUCAGGGAGGAAGAAAAUGGAGUUCCAGUUGCCCGGGCUGUGCUUAUUGACAUGGAACCUAAGGUUAUCAAUCAAACUCUGACAAAGGCUUCUCAGUCUGGCCGAUGGAAAUAUGGUCAGCAUGCAUGCUUCUGUCAAAAACAAGGUUCUGGAAACAACUGGGCAUAUGGUUACUCUGUACAUGGACCUAGGCAUGAAGAAUCUAUCAUGAACCUAAUCCAGAAGGAAGUGGAGAAAUGUGACUCCUUGAGUGGUUUUUUCAUCAUAAUGAGUAUAGCUGGGGGCACAGGAUCUGGGCUGGGAGCCUUCAUUACACAGGAUUUACAAGAUCAGUACUCAAACUCUUUAAGAAUGAAUCAGAUUAUAUGGCCCUAUGGAACUGGUGAGGUUAUUGUUCAGAACUACAACUCCAUUAUGACUCUUUCUCACCUGUACCGAUCUUCAGAUGCCCUCCUUGUUCAUGAGAACGAUGCUGUCCAUAAGAUCUGUGCAAAACUCAUGAAUAUCAAGCAGAUAUCCUUUAGUGAUAUAAAUCAAGUCCUUGCACAUCAGCUGGGAAGUGUGUUUCAGCCUACUUAUUCUGAAGAAGGCGCUUUUCACUACAGAAGAAACCCACUAGGAGACUUAAUGGAGAAUUUAGUUCCCCAUCCUGAAUUCAAGAUGCUGGGUAUUCGUAACAUUCCUCAAAUGUCUGAGAAUUCACUGGCAUAUAGCACGUUUACUUGGACUGGCCUCCUCAAACAUUUGAGACAGAUGCUCAUUUCUAAUGCGAAAAUGGAAGAAGGGAUUGAUUGGCAGGUACGACCUCCCAUAUCCGGACUUCCAGCUAUUGGGAAAAUGAGUCUCAAGAAGGAGCUGCAUUUUAACACUUCCAUUGCUAAUUUGGUCAUCCUUCGUGGGAAAGAGGUACAAAAUGCAGAUCUCGAGGGAUUUAAAGAUCCAGCUCUCUACACUUCCUGGUUACAGCCUGACAUUGCCUUCAAUGUGUGGAAAAUCCAGCGAGCCUUUAACAGAUAUGAGAAGUCUGCAGCGCUCGUCAGCAAUAGCCAGUUCUUAGUAAAGCCUCUUGAUAUGAUUGUGGGCAAAGCGUGGAAUAUGUUUGCUUCAAAAGCCUACGUUCAUCAGUAUACAAAAUUUGGAAUCGAAGAAGAGGACUUUUUGGACAGUUUCACAUUGUUAGAACAAGUUGUUUCGAGUUACUCUAACAUCUGAUUUUGAAAACCUUAGGAAUGUUUGGACUGAAAUAUGUUCAAUACUACUGUUUUUAAAGUUUGAUCUAUGAACUAUAUCCCAGACUUUUUCUUUCUUUUUUUGGACCUGUGGAUUUAACCCAGGGGUACUUAACCACUGAGCUAUAUCCUCAGCUUUUUUGAUUUUUUAUUUUGAGACAAGUUGCUUAGAGCCUCACUAAGUUGCCCAGAGCUGUCCUUGAACUUGGAAUCUUCCUGCCUCAGCUUCUAGAGUUGCUGGGAUUACAAGGGUGCAUCACCGUACCACAGAGAAUUUUUAAAUAGGGAAUAACAAGUUCUCAAUGAAAUCAUCUACUUAGUAAUUCAUUUGUAAGAGACAAAAAAAAAAAUGUUACUCCCAUAGAGAACUUUUAUUUUGUUGAGACAGAGUCUUGCCAUGUUGCCCAUGCUGCUCUAUGAGUCUGAACUACUAGGCCAUGGCAUUCUGUUGCCUCAGCCUCCCAAGCAGCUAGGACUGCAGGCACAUGCCAUAGUGCCCAAUUUAAAAGAAUUUUGGAAACAUCUGCAGAGAUCUUGGAACUCUGAAAGUAUCUAUGAAAAAGGAAUAUUCUAUUGUCCUUCUUUACUCCAAAAAAGAUUUACUAAACAUUCACAGCACAAUUGUAAACUAAGAAUUUAAAAUUCUGAGCCAGGUGUAGUGGUGCAUGCCUGUAAUUCCAGUGACUUGGGAGGGUGAGACAAGAAGAUUGCAAGUUCAAGGCCAGCCUUGGCAAUUUAGGGAUACCCUGUCUCAAAAUAAAAAAUAAAAAGGACUGGGGAUAACGGGUGUAGUGGCACACACCUAUAAUCCCAGUGACUAGGGAGGCUGAGGCAGGAAGAUCACAAGUUCAAAGCCAGCCUCAGCUCGGGAUAUGGCUCAGAGGGUAAGCACCCCUGCGUUCAAUCCCCAGUAGCAAAAAAAAAAAAAAAAAAGUAAUUCUGUACUUAUAUUCAUCUUUGAAAUGAACGCUUUGAACCACAAGAGGGAGAUGUUGUCAUAUUCUGUUGUGUGAUCAUCUAUUUUGAAUAUUCCAUAACAGAGUAAGAUUUUUCUACUUUAAGUAGCUAUUUAAAAAUAAAUAGGCCAGGGGGCUGGGGUUGUGGCUCAGUGGUAGAGUGCUCUCGCCUUGCAUGCACGAGAUCCUGGGUUCGAUCCUCAGCACCACAUAAAAAUGAAUAAGUGAAAUAAAGGUAUUGUGUCCAACUACAACUAAAAAAAUAAAUAUUAAAAAAAAAUAAAAAUAAAUAAGCCAGGCUUGGUGGUGCAUGCCUGUAAUCCCAGCAACUCAAGAGGCUGAGGCAGGAAGAUCACAAGUUGGAGGCCAGUCUCAGCAAUUUAGAGAGACCUUGUCUCAAAAAGUAAAAAGGGCUGGGGAUGUUGCUCAGUGGUAAAGUGGGCUUGAGUUAAAUCCUGAGCCAAAAAUAAAUUAAUUAAUUAAAAAGUAAAAAUAAAUAUCAGGAUCGGUGGAGUGUGGUGGUGCAGGCUUGUAGUCCCAGUACUCUGGAGGCUGAGGCAGAAAGAGCACUUGAGCCCAUGACUUAAGACCAGGUCCUGGGGAUUGAAUCCAGCCUUGACAACAGUGAAAUUCUGUCUCGAACCCCAAAAUUUUCCAGGCAUGGUGGUACACGCCUGUAAUUCCAGCAGUUUGGGAGGUUGACAGGAGGUUCAAAGCCAGCCUCAACAAUCUAGCAAGGCCCUGAGCAACAUAGUGAGACCCUGUCUCAAAAUAAAAAAUAUAAAAAAGGGCUGGGUAUAUGGCUCAGUGGCUAAGCACCCUUGGAUUAAAUCCCCUGUACAAUAAAAUAAAAUUAAAAAGUCAGGGUUAGGGUUAGGGUUAGGUUGUAGAGCACUUGCCCAAUGUGCAUGAGGCCCUAGGUUCAAUCUGCACCAAAAUAAGUAAAUAAAUGCCAAGGUUUUGGCAAUGAAUGUUUAUCAUGCCUAAAUACAAAAAAAUAAACAACUGAAUGUGUACUUUUCUUUUUCA